UUCAGCUUGUCCUCGAAGGACACUUUCGACUAUACCAUGACAUCUUUGUCCGAAGCUUCGCUUUUAGCAUUGUUCUUAGAGACUUUGUUUUACGGCGUGUUCUUCACGUUUUACUGGUUGACCCUAACUAUACUGCUCAAGAAGUACGGUAUUCAACGGGACCUCCUUCUCCCAGUAGCAACCCUGCUGCUCUGCAUUGCAACAGCUCAUCUAGUCAUCGAUCUUGUCCGAGCACUAGAGGCGUUCGUGUUCAGUGUGGAUACAAUCGCUGCGGAUACCUACUACUCUGACCUCGCUUCACCAUUGGAACUCGCAAAAACUGCACUCUACAUUACGCAACCCACUGUUGCUGAUUCUGUUCUUGUUUGGCGAUGCUAUGUACUCAACAAUAGAAGCCUCUUGGUCGGCAUCCCUGGUUGUAUCGUGUUGUUAACCAAUGCGGCGAUUGGAUACUAUGUUGUUUGGUCCCUUUCUCGAGCCGCCGCAGGGUCAACUGUUUACACCACCGCUCCUUGGUUGAUCACAACUUUCUAUACAUUGACCAUGCUCAUCAGCAUCAUUUGCUCCACUUUGAUUUCCUGGCGCAUCUGGCGCAAUCGCCGUUCAAUGUCAAACCGCUCCGCUAGAUUCCGGCGCUUUUAUACUAUCAGUAUCCUUGCGCUCCUUCUAGCAUUCUUGACAGGAUCAAACGGCCAAUACCCCGCGAUGGAUAUCGGCCCUCCUAUUGUAGGGAUCGUAUUCUGCCUCAUCAUCCUGCAAGUACACUUCCAUGUAGGCAGCAACCCCCAAUCCAACAGCUCACCAAAGCCUUUCACCAAUCUCUCUGAAGAGAGAAGAGAGCAUAAUGUGGGGUAUAGUAUGAAACCGAUGACUCGGGAGGCGGAGAUCAUUCAGUUUGACGUGAUGCGCAGCCAACGACUCUCAGGAGACGACUGUUGAUUGUUUCGGAUUAGAUUGAUUUCUGCAUUUCCACAAUUGUACGUUUAUUAAUAUCCAUAUAUUCUUAUUGCC